CUUACGCUCUCCAAACAGAAAAAGGGAACAAAAAAGAAAAGUUAGGCUAUCACAUCUGUUUUAUUAUUAUCGUGAUGUUUAGCCGCUUGUAGGCCAUACAUAGAGAGUCAUUGGAACAUGGGAUGCUGCAUAUAUGCGCUAAAUAUGUGUGAGGACCCACGUUUGAACAAGAGGCUACGGGACGAAGGAAAACGGGGAAAGCUCUGAGAACGAAGAUGCGUAUUAUCCUUAGAACAUUCGCAGGAAAAGAAGAAGUCGACCACUUACGUAUUUACGGUAUAAAAUAGACUUGGAAGUUCAGCAACGUGACAUCGGACACGUAAGAAUGGUCGGCUUUUUCACGGCACGUUACGCUUGAUUAUGCAAGUUCAUCUGGAUAAGCUUUUAACGUUUCCCAUUCUAGGUAUUUCGAUAUAUAAUUCGUAGAAGGAAGGCAGGUGUGUUACUUGAUACUUGAUGGUUGUUGCUUGCCAGCCACUUGACGCAACACGUUUCUCUGAAGUUUAUCGCAGUGGAGGCCGGAUUGAGGCGGAUCAAGCUUGAUUCAGUGAUUGUAGUUCAGCGAAGAUGAAAACCAAAAAGGAUUUCCAAAAUAUGUUCAAUCAUAAGAACAUGGUCUUCAUUAUGUGCUUUUCAAUCAUCAUUUUUCUUUACAUAUUGGCCUUGAGGAAUGCGCUGAAUAACGAGAAUGCGGUGGCCGCGACCAUCUUCAUUACAUCCUUCUUUGGCAUAAUCUUCGUGCUGAGUGACUUAAUACUACUCCUGUGGUAUAUACUAAUCUCGUCUCUCAUUUUCGGCCAGCAAUCCAAUGAGAGCUUCUAUUCAUUGACGAAAUAUCACUUCGAAAUAUCAUUCAAUCACGCGUUCAAUCACUGGGUGAUCAUUAUCAUAUUUACACUUGUAUUUUUUAUUAUGAGUGUCAUUACUCGCGAACACCCAUUCAGCUACAUCUGGAAAUUCGGGCCCUAUGUGUGCAUACCGUUGAUGAUAUUUUCCUUCUGUAUUAUCAGGACGCUCGAAUAUAUGACACAUUUGAUGCCUGAUCUCAAUGAUAUGAGGGGUCUGGAUUAUGGCACAGGUAUGGCGUAUAGUUUCUAUUACGGCUAUCUGCGGCUUACACUACCAUCCACCGAAACCGAUAGAAAGGGCAUAAUUGAGAAAAUCGAAAACUUCGAGGAUUAUCACAAUGUUACAUUUCCGGUACACAAGCUAUUUCUUUUAAUACCAUCUUCUGGAAGCAUUCCACCAAACUUAAAAGAAGCGUCCUAUCAGUGGAUGGAGAAUGUACACGAGCUGGAGGAGGAGAAACGCAACCGGGCUGGGAAUAUAGGCAGGAUAUAUCGCAAUAAUGCCUACAAGAUAUAUCCUGGAGGAAGAAACUCGAAAAAUAAUCCAGUAUAUAUAGUGGUGGAAGGUGCAACACCUUUGUUAACGUAUUACGAAGUAGAGAAACACAAUCAUUCUGAAUCUUUUGCAUAUAAACUAUAUAAAGAUAAAAUUAUCGAUAAAUUUUAUACUAAACUGCAAGAAAUUUUGCAAAGCGACCCAGAAACCAGAAAUUUGUGCGAAUUAAUUUAUUAUAACGAUUUUGACGCGCAAGGAAAAAGAGUUAAUGUUGCAUCAAUACUCUUGGAAAGAAUAUCACAAAUAACAAAGUCUGCAUAAAUAUUGAAAGAAAUUAGGCGACAAAUGUCCUAAAUUGUGAUAACUUUUACAAGCAAAUACCUAAAAUA